AUGCUGAUAAGGUGUCGUGCGGCACUAGGUGUCGUCGCACUUCUGUCAUUCGUCUCGCCCACAUUGUCUGAUGGUGACCUGUUCACGUGUCCUAAUGGAUGGGAGUUAAAGGGGCUACAUUGUUACAAAUUUUUCAAUAUUAGACAUUCUUGGGAGAAAGCGGCGGAAUUAUGCCGAAGGUACGGCAGCGAAUUGAUGGUAAUAGAUAGUUAUUCAGAAAAUAAUAUGACUGCAAAUUUGGUGCCAUCUAGUCCUAGUAACAGUCACUACUGGCUUGGUUUAGCUACUGUAGAUGACCUUAGAACAAACACACUGGAAUCGGCUGCUGGGGCUUUAGUAUCACAGUAUGCCGGUUUUUGGGAUCUAAGACAACCAAACCCAAAGGAUGGUGAAUGUGUUGACGUUCACGUCACAUCUGAAAGGCAAUCAUGGGAAUUAACAACGUGUGAAACGCUUCUUCCGUUUAUGUGCAGAGCAAAUGCCUGUCCCGCAGGAACCUUCCAUUGUUCAAACGGAAGAUGUAUAAAUGCGGCCUUCAAAUGUGACAAGCAAGACGAUUGUGGUGAUGCGUCAGAUGAAAUGGAUUGUGCUACUGAAUGUCAUUUUUAUAUGGCUAGUAGUGGUGAUGUGGUAGAAAGUCCGAAUUACCCUCAUAAAUAUGCACCAUUCAGUGAAUGUAAAUGGACACUAGAGGGACCUCAAGGACAAAACAUCGUACUGCAGUUCCAAGAUUUUGAAACUGAAAAGUCUUUUGAUACUGUUCAAAUUUUAGUGGGCGGCCGAACUGAAGACAAAUCUGUCAAUUUAGCAACACUAUCAGGAAAACAAGAUUUAUCUAAUACAGUCUACGUUUCUGCCUCUAAUUUCAUGAUUAUUAAAUUUAGCUCAGAUGGGUCUGUAGAAAGAAAAGGUUUCCGUGCCUCUUGGAAAACUGAGUCAUCCAACUGUGGUGGAAUUCUUAGAGCAACACCUCAAGGUCAAGUGUUAACAUCUCCUGGCUAUCCAAACAGCUACCCUGGGGGUUUGGAAUGUAUGUACAUAAUUGAAGCACAGCCAGGCAGAAUUGUUUCAUUAGAUAUUGAAGAUUUAGAUCUGGAAAUGAAUAGAGACUACAUAGUAAUAAAAGAUGGAAAUACCCCUUCAAGCCCUGUACUCGCUAGGUUGACUGGACCAGGUGAAGAAAAUCAAAAAGUAGUUAUAUCAACUACAAAUCAUUUAUAUAUGUAUUUCCGGACGAGUCUUGGUGAUUCUAAGAAAGGUUUUAACAUGAGAUAUUCACAAGGAUGUCGCGCAACAAUAAUAGCAGCUAAUGGUACAUUUACUUCACCCGCAUAUGGUCUUAGUAACUAUCCAAAUAACCAGGAAUGCUUAUAUAGAAUUAAAAACCCGAACGGAGGGCCACUUUCUUUGAAAUUUGACGAAUUUAAUAUUCAUCCAUCAGAUGUAGUCCAAGUAUUUGAUGGCUCUAGCACAAGUGGACUACGAUUACAUUCUGAAAAUGGUUUCACAGUUAAGCCAAGAAUUACUUUAACUGCUUCAAGUGGAGAAAUGUUAAUACGAUUCAUGUCCGAUGCACUACAUAAUGGAGCUGGCUGGAAAGCAACAUUUUCAGCAGAUUGUCCACCACUGAAGUCUGGUAUAGGAGCAUUAGCAUCUAAUAGAGAUACUGCAUUUGGAACAACAAUAACUUUUUCUUGUCCAAUUGGUCAAGAAUUCGCCACUGGGAAGUCUCGAAUUACAACACAAUGCUUAGAUGGCGGCAAUUGGUCUACCACGUACAUUCCUAGCUGCCAAGAGGUGUACUGUGGACCCGUGCCCCAAAUCGAUAAUGGUUUUUCCAUUGGUUCCACAAACGUAACCUACCGUGGAGUGGCGACUUAUCAAUGUUACGCAGGUUUUGCAUUUCCAACCGGACAACCAAUAGAGAGGAUUUCAUGUUUAUCAGAUGGAAGAUGGGAAAGAACACCGACUUGCUUAGCUUCACAAUGUGUGGCUCUUCCUGAUGUACCACAUGCAAAUGUGACUAUAUUAAAUGGUGGAGGCCGUAGUUAUGGUACCAUAGUCCGAUAUGAGUGUGAACCUGGUUAUGUUCGUUCUGGUCAACCUGUUCUUCUUUGUAUGAGUAAUGGAACUUGGUCUGGCGAAGUACCAACGUGUUCUAAAGCUCUAUGCCCUAAACUUCCUGAAAUAAAGAACGGAUUUAUUGUCGAUCAAAGUAAAGUCUACAUGUUUGGUGAUGAAGCUCGUGUUCAAUGUUACAAAGGAUAUAAACUAAAUGGUCCCAGUAUAAUAAAAUGUGGACCUUAUCAAGAAUUCGAUAGUGCACCAACUUGUGAGGAUAUCAAUGAAUGCUCAAGCAGUCAAUGUGAUUCUGCGUCAACUGAAUGUAAAAACACUCACGGUGGAUUUUAUUGUCCUUGUCGUCCAGGGUUUACACCUAGCUUAGACUGUAGACCUGUUGGAGAUUUAGGUUUAAUUAAUGGUGCUAUUCCUGAUGAAUCCAUAACUACUUCCACUUCUGAACCUGGAUAUUAUAAAGGAAUGAUUCGUUUGAAUAAUGGAGGUGGUUGGUGUGGUAAUAAUCUUGAAGCUGGUGCUAACUGGGUGCUAGUUGAUCUAAGAUCCCCAACAAUUAUCAGAGGAUUUCGCACAAUGAGUGUUAUGAGAGCUGAUGCUAACAUUGCAUUUACGUCUGCUAUUAGAAUUCAAUACACAAACGACUUAACAGACGUGUUUAAAGAUUAUACUAACCCUGAUGGGACAGCUGUUGAAUUCCGUAUAUUGGAACCGACGUUAUCAGUCUUGAACUUGCCAAUGCCUAUUGAAGCACAAUAUGUUAAGUUUAAAAUACAAGACUAUGUAGUAGCACCAUGUUUGAAAUUAGAAAUUAUGGGAUGUGCCAGACUCGACUGCUCUGAUAUCAAUGAAUGCAGUGAAAAUAACGGUGGCUGCGAUCAAAAAUGUCUAAAUACGCCUGGAAAUUACUCUUGCGCAUGCAACAUUGGAUAUGAACUUUACUCUUUCAAUGGUACAGCCGGUUUCGCUAUUGAAAAUUCAGAAACAGGUGAACGAGACGGUGAUACAUACCAAAGAAAUAAAUCAUGUGUUCCUGUAAUGUGCCCAACAUUAGUAUCCCCAGAGAAUGGACAAAUUUUGUCGACAAAGAGUUCUUAUCACUUUGGAGAUAUUGUAGAAUUCCAGUGUAAUUUUGGCUAUGUUAUGUCAGGAUUCUCUUCAUUGUUAUGUACUUCAAGUGGAACCUGGAAUGGAACCGCUCCAGAAUGUCAAUAUGCACGGUGCGUGACAUUAUCAGAUGACAAAAAUGAUGGGUUACAAAUUAUAAGGGAUGAUCCAGAAAGUGUGCUAGUACCUUAUAGAGAUAAUGUUACAAUAACAUGUACUUCACCAGGACGUCAACUAAGAAAUACUCUUACUUCGUCCUUCAGACAAUGUGUCUAUGAUCCUAAGCCAGGUCUACCUGAUUAUUGGCUUUCCGGCGCACAGCCACAAUGUCCCAGGAAAGAUUGUGGCGUCCCUAUGCCAACGCCUGGAGCUGAAUAUGGCCAAUACCUUGACACUAGAUACCAAAGCUCUUUCUUUUUCGGUUGUCAAAAUACUUUUAAGCUAGCAGGUCAAACCAGUAAACAUGACAAUGUAGUAAGAUGCCAAGCAAAUGGAGUCUGGGACUUUGGAGACUUAAGAUGUGAAGGUCCAGUUUGUGAAGAUCCAGGUCGACCAGCUGAUGGAUAUCAAAUUGCCAGAAGCUAUGAACAAGGAUCGGAAGUUCUAUUUGGAUGUUCAAGAUCCGGAUAUAUUUUAAUUAAUCCCAGACCUAUUACAUGCAUGCGUGAACCUGAAUGUAAAAUUAUAAAACCUCUUGGCCUUGCUUCGGGAAGAAUACCAGAUUCAGCAAUUAAUGCUACAUCGGAGAGACCUAACUAUGAAGCUAAAAAUAUAAGACUAAAUUCCGUAACUGGAUGGUGUGGAAAACAAGAAGCUUUCACCUACGUCAGCGUUGAUUUAGGAAAAGUGUACAGAGUCAAAGCUAUAUUAGUCAAAGGUGUUGUUACCUCUGAUAUCGUUGGUCGUCCAACAGAAAUUAGAUUUUUUUAUAAACAAGCUGAAAAUGAAAAUUAUGUCGUCUAUUUUCCUAACUUUAAUUUAACAAUGAGAGAUCCUGGAAACUAUGGUGAAUUAGCUAUGAUUACGUUACCGAAAUAUGUGCAGGCUAGAUUUGUUAUUUUGGGAAUCGUCAGUUUUAUGGAUAAUGCUUGUCUUAAAUUUGAAUUAAUGGGUUGUGACGAACCUUCUGUGGAGCCCUUGUUAGGUUAUGAUUAUGGGUAUUCACCAUGUGUGGAUAACGAGCCCCCAGUCUUCCAAAACUGUCCUCAGCAUCCUAUAAUAGUACAAACUGAUGUUAAUGGUGGACUUUUACCGGUUAACUUUACUGAACCUACUGCUACUGAUAAUUCUGGUGCUAUUGCUAGAUUAGAAGUUACACCUCAACACUUUAGAACUCCGAUACAAGUUUUUCAUAAUAUGGUUGUUCGAUACGUGGCUUUUGAUUUUGAUGGUAACGUUGCUAUUUGCGAAGUAAACAUAACAGUACCUGAUUACACGCCUCCUAGAUUGAGUUGCCCACAAAGUUAUGUCAUUGAACUAGUUGAUAAGCAAGAUAGUUAUGCAGUUAACUUUAAUGAAACAAGGAGAAGAAUAAACGCAACUGAUGCUUCUGGAGAAGUAUCGUUAAAAUUCAUUCCAGAAAGGGCUGUUAUACCUAUACGUGGCUAUGAAAAUGUUACUGUUAUAGCUACAGAUAAGAAUGGUAACAAAGCUCAGUGUAACUUCCAGGUAUCAGUACAAGCAACACCUUGCGUUGACUGGGAAUUGAUGCCACCAGCUCAUGGAGCUUUGAAUUGUCUACCUGGUGAUAGAGGAAUUCAGUGUAUUGCUACUUGCAGCCCUGGAUUCAGAUUUACAGACGGUGAACCAGUAAAAACAUUUGUAUGUGAAACAAAACGCCAGUGGGUUCCAACUGCAGUAGUUCCAGAUUGUGUUUCAGAAAAUACUCAACAAGCUGCCUAUCAUGUAGUAGCAAGUGUACAAUACCGUGCUCUAGGGGCAGUCUCAAAUGCGUGCCUACCUCAAUACAAAGAUCUGCUUGCUCAAUACGAUAACGUUUUGAAUGAACGUUUAUCUCAACGUUGUUCUGCUGUAAAUGUGAAUAUUAAUGUAACAUUUGUCAAAGCAAUGCCUAGUCUUUUAGAUGAAAACGUUGUAAAAAUGGACUUUGUCCUAGCUAUAAUACCAGCUAUACGACAAACUCAACUAUAUGAUCUUUGUGGCUCCACGCUUAAUCUUAUUUUUGAUCUAUCAGUGCCUUAUGCAAGUGCACUUAUUGAACCCGUUUUAAAUGUUUCUUCAAUUGGUAAUCAAUGCCCACCUUUAAGAGCUAUUAGAAGUUCUAUUUCCCGUGGUUUCACUUGUAGCGUUGGUGAAGUGCUAAAUAUGGAUACUAAUGACGUACCAAGAUGUUUGCACUGUCCCGCUGGAACUUUUGCUGGAGAAAAACAGAAAGCUUGCACCAUGUGCCCUCGAGGAUUUUUCCAAAAUCAAGCGCGGCAAGGUUCUUGCCUUAAAUGUCCACAGGGUACAUUUACGAGAGAAGAAGGAUCUAAAGAUUUGUCGGAUUGUAUACCAGUUUGUGGCUAUGGAACAUAUUCACCUACGGGGCUCGUACCUUGCCUAGAAUGUCCACGAAAUAGUUACACAAGUGAACCACCUCUGGGUGGAUUCAAGGAUUGUCAAGCAUGUCCUGUAAAUACUUUUACGUACCAGCCUGCAGCUAACGGAAAAGACAAAUGCAGAGCAAAAUGUGCACCAGGUACAUACUCACCAACUGGUUUAGCCCCUUGCUCGCAAUGUCCCAGAAAUUUCUAUCAAAAUUCAAUUGGACAGACACUUUGCAUGGAAUGUCCAACAAAUAUGAAAACAGUUAGCACGGGUGCAUCGGGACUUGAAGAAUGCUUACCAGUUGAAUGUUCUAAUAGUGCCUGUCAACAUGGAGGAUUAUGUGUACCAAAAGGACAUGGUGUUCAAUGCUACUGUCCAGCUGGAUUUUCUGGAAGAAGAUGUGAAAUAGAUAUUGAUGAAUGCGAAAGUCAACCUUGUUACAACGGAGGAACUUGUAUAGAUCUUCCACAAGGCUAUAGAUGCUCCUGCCCAACAGGAUACGGUGGGAUUAAUUGUCAAGAAGAAAAAUCUGAUUGUAGAAACGAUACUUGUCCUGAACGCGCGAUGUGUAAAGAUGAACCAGGCUAUAAUAAUUACACUUGCUUAUGUAGAUCUGGCUACACUGGAAUUGAUUGCGAUAUAACGAUUGAUCCAUGCACAGCAAAUGGUAAUCCUUGCAAAAAUGGCGCAUCAUGUACUGCAUUACAACAAGGAAGAUAUAAAUGUGAAUGCUUACCUGGAUGGGAAGGACAACUGUGCGAAAUUAAUACAGACGACUGCAUUGAAAAGCCAUGCUUACUUGGUGCACCUUGUACUGAUUUAGUAAAUGAUUUUAGCUGUGCUUGCCCACCAGGUUUCACAGGAAAACGCUGUCAUGAAAAAAUUAAUCUUUGUUCUAACCAACCAUGCAGACACGGUAUCUGUGUUGACAAGUUGUUUAUUCAUAAAUGUGUAUGUGAUCCGGGGUGGACCGGACCGUCGUGUGACAUAAAUAUUAAUGAAUGCAUAAUUUCACCAUGUGAAAAUGGAGGUCGGUGUAUUGAUAGUAUUGAUGAUUUUACUUGUAGCUGCGAAGCGGGUUAUACAGGAAAACGAUGCCAGCACACUAUUGAUGAUUGUACCUCAGAUCCUUGUCAAAAUGGCGCCACGUGUGUAGAUCAGUUAGAUGGAUUUACAUGUAAAUGUCGACCAGGAUAUAUUGGACUCCAGUGUGAAACUGCUAUAGAUGAAUGCUUGAAUGAGCCUUGUAACCCAGCGGGCACUGAAAAAUGUGUUGAUUUAGAUAAUAAAUAUGAAUGUGUAUGCCGUAAUGGUUUUAGUGGAGAAUGGUGCGAAAAUAAUAUAGAUGAUUGUGCUUCUGAUCCAUGUUACAAUGGUGGAUCCUGUAAAGAUGAAAUAGGUGGUUAUAAAUGUGCGUGUCAACCAGGAUGGACUGGAAAGCGAUGUGAGCGUGACAUUGGUAAUUGCAUGAAUCUGCCUUGUCAAAAUAACGCUAAAUGUAUUGAUCUCUUCCAGGACUACUUCUGUGUAUGCCCGAGUGGAACUGAUGGUAAGCAAUGUGAGACUGCUCCUGAAAGAUGCAUCGGUAGUCCUUGUAUGCAUGGUGGAAAGUGUCAAGACUUUGGUUCAGGCCUAAAUUGUACAUGUUCACUGGAUUACACAGGAAUUGGUUGUCAAUACGAGUUUGAUGCUUGUGAAGCGGGUCUUUGUCAGAAUGGAGCUACGUGUAUUGAUGAAGGGGAAGGAUAUUCUUGUAUAUGUUCUCCGGGAUUCACAGGGAAGAACUGUGAUGAAGAUAUAAUUGACUGCAAAGAAAAUUCUUGCCCACCAUCCGCAACUUGUAUUGACUUGCCCGGUAGAUUUUAUUGUCAAUGUCCAUUCAAUCUAACAGGCGAUGAUUGCAGAAAAACAAUUAGCGUAGAUUAUGAUCUUUACUUUAGUGAUCCAUUACGAUCCAGUGCUGCCCAAGUAGUGCCGUUUGCUACAGGAUCUGCUGACAGUCUUACUAUUGCAAUGUGGGUACAAUACACGCAACAAGAUGAAGGAGGUAUUUUCUUUACGGCCUAUGGUGUAAGCAACUCUCAAAUUGCUCUUAAUAAAAGAACUAUAAUACAAGCACAUUCGAGUGGCGUACAAGUAUCACUCUUCCCAGAACUGCAAGAUGUUUAUAUGAGUUUUGGUGAAUUUGCAACAGUUAAUGAUGGACAGUGGCAUCAUGUAGCUUUAGUAUGGGAUGGUAACAAUGGUGGACAAUUGACUCUUAUUACAGAAGGAUUAAUUGCAAGUAAACUUGAGGGUUAUGGAAGUGGCAAAUCACUGCCACAGUAUGUAUGGGUAACUUUAGGUAAACCACAAUCAGACAAUCCAAAGGCUUACACUGAAUCAGGUUUCCAAGGGCAUUUGACUAAAGUACAAAUCUGGAAUCGCGCACUAGAUGUGACAAAUGAAAUACAGAAGCAAGUUCGCGACUGCAGAACAGAACCUGUACUUUAUAAUGGCUUAGUACUGACUUGGGCUGGCUAUGAAGAUACAAUUGGUGGUGUAGAAAGAAUAGUUCCAUCACACUGUGGUCAAAGAGUAUGUCCAAACGGAUAUGCUGGUGCUAAAUGUCAAUCUCUUCAAGUUGACAAGGAAUCACCGAGAGUAGAUCGUUGUCCUGGUGAUCUUUGGGUUAUUGCUAAAAAUGGAUCUUCUAUCGUAAACUGGGAUAUGCCCGUAUUUAGUGACAAUGUUGGAGUUGUUCGCGUGGUCGAAAAAUCUGGACACAAACCUGGACAAAACCUCGCUUGGGGAGCAUACGAUAUUGCUUACAUUGCUUAUGACGCCGCUGGAAAUGCUGCCACAUGUACAUUUAAAGUGACAGUCUUGUCCGAAUUCUGCCCACCGCUGUUGGAUCCACUCGGUGGAUAUCAGUCUUGUCGCGAUUGGGGCGCAGGCGGCCAAUUUAAGGUUUGUGAAAUUGCCUGUCGCGAUGGCUUAAGAUUUUCACAACAAGUACCGCCUUUCUAUACAUGUGGAGCUGAAGGAUUCUGGCGACCAACAAAUGAUCCAUCUCUUCCUCUAGUAUAUCCAGCAUGCUCUCCUGCCGCACCAGCACAACGUGUAUUUAAAAUAUCGAUGUUGUUCCCGAGCUCCGUUCUCUGUAACGAUGCAGGACAAGCUGUGCUUAGACAGAAAGUACGCAGUGCGAUCAACCAACUCAACCGAGAUUGGAGCUUCUGCUCAUAUGCUAUUGAUGGUACUCGGGAGUGUAAAGAAUUGGACAUCAAUGUAAAAUGUGAUCAUCGCGCAAAUGUCCGACAAACAAGACAAGUAUCCUCCCCUCCUACAGCAACUUCAAAAGAUACUUAUGUCCUAGAUGCUAUAAUUCCAGUAGAAGAGGCAAGAAGCAGUAGAGAAGGUCGUCAAGUUGGUGAUACCUACAGCAUCGAAAUUGCAUUCCCGGCUGUAAACGACCCAGUAAUCCAUAACAGUAACAAUGAACGUUCCACUGUAAAACGAUUACUGGAGAAAUUAAUCCUCGAAGACGAACAAUUCGAUGUACGAAAUAUACUACCGAAUACAGUGCCAGAUCCAGCUAGCUUAAAACUCGAAUCAGAUUAUGCUUGUCCUAUGGGACAAGUCGUUAUGGCCCCCGAUUGCGUAUCAUGUGCGGUGGGAACUUACCUCGAUGCGGCCAGCGAUUCCUGUAAGCCAUGUCCCGCCGGUACUUACCAAUCUGAAGCUGGACAGCUACAAUGUACGCCGUGCCCUGCAAUUGCCGGACAGCCUGGCGUCACUCAAGCCACGGGGGCAAGGAGCGCGGGUGACUGCAAAGAGAGAUGUGCUGCCGGUAAAUACUACGAUGCAGAAGCAGAACUUUGUAGACCUUGCGGACAUGGCUCAUAUCAACCACGAGAAGGAGCAUUCUCUUGCAUCGCCUGUCCAAGAGGCCAGACCACACGAGCAACCGAAGCAGUGUCAGCUGCUGAGUGUAGAGACGAUUGUCCAUCAGGUGAACAACUGGGCAGUGAUGGUGGCUGUGAACCGUGUCCUCGGGGCACAUGGCGGGCGACUGGGGCAGGCGCCGCGUGUGCGCCUUGUCCACCUGGCACUACCACACCACAAGCCGGUGCCGCUACUCCCGAUCAGUGUUCAUUACCGGUUUGCAAGCCAGGUUUAUACUUGAACGUAACAUUGAAUACUUGCAUACAAUGUAAGAAAGGAACAUACCAGUCAGAAAUGCAACAAACGCUAUGUAUUCCCUGUCCAAUAAACACCAGCACCAGAGGACCAGGCGCAACAUCUCUAACCGACUGUACUAAUCCUUGUGAAAUGAGCGGUCCUGAAAUGCACUGUGACACCAACGCUUACUGUCUACUUUUACCGGAGACCAGUGAAUUCAAGUGCCAAUGUAAACCUGGUUUUAACGGCACCGGAAAAGUUUGUGUUGAUGUGUGUCUGGACUUCUGCGACAACGGUGGUGAGUGUGUGAAAGACGCUAGAGGCGAGCCAUCUUGUCGCUGCGCUGGUUCCUUUACGGGCCGCCAUUGUAGAGACAAGAGUGAGUUCGCGUACAUCGCUAGCGGUGUCGCCGGCGGAGUCAUAUUCAUUAUAUUCCUGGUUCUACUCGUAUGGAUGAUUUGCGCGAGAUCAACGAAAAAACGAGAGCCAAAGAAGACAUUAACACCAGCUAUAGAUCAAAAUGGAUCCCAAGUGAACUUCUAUUACGGAGCACACACCCCGUACGCUGAAUCCAUCGCACCCUCCCACCACUCAACAUACGCACAUUACUAUGACGACGAAGAAGACGGUUGGGAAAUGCCUAAUUUCUACAACGAAACGUACAUGAAAGAAAGCUUACAUAACGGAAUGAACGGCAAAAUGAACAGUUUAGCGCGAUCCAAUGCCAGCAUAUACGGAACUAAGGAGGAUUUAUACGACCGAUUAAAGAGGCACGCGUAUCCGGGUAAGAAAGAUAAGAGUGACAGUGACAGUGAAGGUCAA